AUGAAGGUCUCACUGUAUUGCCAAGACUGGCUCCAAACUUGUACCUCAGCUUCCCCAGUAAUUGGGAUUGCAGGUUGCCGAGGAGCCCAGGUAGAAGAAAUAUGGAGUUUAGAACCUGAGAACUUUGAAAAAUUAAAGCCAGUUCAUGGAUUAAUUUUUCUUUUCAAAUGGCAACCAGGAGAAGAACCAGCAGGGUCUGUGGUUCAGGACUCCAGAUUGGAUACAAUAUUUUUUGCCAAGCAGGUAAUUAAUAAUGCUUGUGCUACUCAAGCCAUCGUAAGUGUGUUAUUGAAUUGUACCCAUCAAGAUGUCCAUUUAGGAGAGACAUUAUCAGAGUUUAAAGAAUUCUCACAAAGUUUUGAUGCAGCUAUGAAAGGGUUAGCACUGAGCAAUUCGGAUGUGAUUCGACAAGUGCACAACAGUUUUGCCAGACAGCAAAUGUUUGAAUUUGAUGCAAAGACAUCAGCCAAAGAAGAAGAUGCUUUUCACUUUGUCAGUUACGUUCCUGUUAAUGGAAGACUGUAUGAAUUGGAUGGAUUAAGAGAAGGACCAAUUGAUUUAGGUGCAUGCAAUCAAGAUGACUGGAUUAGUGCAGUGAGGCCAGUCAUAGAAAAAAGGAUACAAAAGUAAAUGCUCAGCUGUGUCAUUGCCUUUGCAGUCUGGUUUUUAAGGGGUUUGUUUGUUGUUCCUUGAUUCUUUAGUGCUGUGUACUGAACAUCUAAUUUUGAUUGGAUUAAUGCAUUAGGAAACCCAUUGCAGAAAAUGUCUGAAUUUUACAUAGAAAUAUGACAUCUUGCUGGGUGU